GGCGGCGCGCUCCGCGCCGCGGCCUCCCGUCGCCGGGCGCAGCUUGCUGCAGACCUCUCAGGCAGUUGCCAGGGCGGGGCACGGACGGGCCUCGGCAUGGGUGGCUGGCCCCUUCCGCGACUGCGUGACGCAGUGCGACGGCCUCUCGUUCCGGAACCGCACGGUCAGCUGCCGCUCCCUGAGCGGCGACCUCCUGGACGAGGACGCGUGCGCCGGGAAGGCUCGGCCGUGCGCGUUCCAGCCCUGCGAGUGCGGAGUGUGCGUCCAGGCUCGGUGCGGCGCAGGGUCCCAGCCUCUGCAGAGCGAGGAGCUGGCGUGCGGCGCGGAGAUUCCUGACAUCACCUUCGAGCGCGUUGGUUGCUUCGCCGACUCUGGGGGCGGCUCCGCCGAGGCGACCACCGCCCUGGACACCGAGUGCGUGGGGUGGAACGGCACCGUCCCCUGCCACGGCGGCCUGCCCUUCUUCCGCAUGCGCUCGAAUGCGCUCACGCCGGCGGUGUGCUUCGACUUCUGCCUGACCAGGGGCCUCGACCUCUUCGGCCUCGCGCGUGGGGAGGAGUGCCGCUGCGGCGCCUCCGCCCUGAACGCGCAGCUGUGGGGCGGCGCCGGGCCGCGCGCGGGCCUCGCGCUUCCGGAGUGCCCGCUGGCAUCCGGCGCCGCGUGCCCCCUGAGCGCUUACCGCUUCGCGGGCCCCUUCGUGUCCGGCGGCGUGCCUGUGCAGCUGCUGGCGGCCAACCUGGCAGAGGAGGCGUACAUUGACUCCAUCGUGGCAGGCCGGACGGUCGAUCCCGAGGCCGAGGAGCACCGCGCAGGGGCGCCUGCAGCGGUGCCGCCGCCACCGGCCAGCCUGCUGCAGGUCGGGGCGCCGGGCUACGAGAGGCCCUGUGGCAGCGCCUCCGGGUGCCUGCCCGCGAGGCCGUGGAACGAGCGGCAGGCCGCGGCGCCGGCAGGCAUGCCGGACGUGUGGAGCGACUACGUGGUCGUGCGCUACACCUUCGACCCCGAGCAGCAGGUGGACGACGUGAGGAAGGAGGCUUUCAGGUCCGCGGCGGCGCACUGGCGCGAUCGCACGUGCAUCGCCGUCGUGGAGGCGAGCAGCCCCGAGACCCCGUACAUCAAGGUUGGCGUGUACGACACGGGGAGCUGCUACGCCUCCCUUGGGCGGCCUUUCUCGUCGGGCUCGAUCAACCUUGGCUGGUGCAACUCCAUGCGCCAGAGGGGGAACAUGAUCCACGAGCUCGGCCACUCCCUGGGCAUGAACCACGAGCAGAAGCGCCCGGACGCUGGAGAGAGCUAUUACGGACAGGGGCCUUACCUCAGGAUCUUCUGGGAGAACCUUGGGAGCUGGGCCUCCCAGUACACGCCCGUGGAGAGCAGCUACACGGGCUCCGCAGACGAUGGAGCGGGCGACCCGCAGGUAGGCUACGCCGCCUACGACUACGGCAGCAUCAUGCACUACGGCUACAACCCGCAGAACUUCGAGCCGACCACCGAAGAGGGCCGCGUCGCGAACAUCGGCCAGAGGGCUGCUCUGUCCGAUGGAGAUAUCCUGCAGAUGCUGGAUGCGUAUCGGUGCAGGAGGAAGUCUGGCAGUGGCCCGUCGCCCACGCCUGCGCCUACCGCGCCAGCGCCCGCGCCCACUGCCGCCCCGUCCCCGGCACAAGGGUCCUGCCCAGAGACCUGUUACAGCCGGACCUGCAACUUCUGGGUCCAGCAGGGGUACAGCUGUGAUGCCUUGGCAAGCACGUAUCGUUGCAAUUGCAGUGGGUGUUCUUCGUGCGCGUCAUCGCCAACACCCACGCCAGCUCCCACGCCAGCCCCGACGCCAGUGCCGACGCGUGCGCCCACGGCAGCCCCCGCGCCAGCGCCCACGCCUGCACCCACGGCAGCACCUGCACCAGCUCCUACACCAGCGCCCACGCCUGCACCCACGCAAUCACCCACAAUGGGUCCUACUCCUGCGCCCACGCAGGCACCAACGUCUGUACCUACUUCGGGGUCGGGCUUUUGCCCGGAGACAUGCUACAGCUACAGCUGCAACUUUUGGGUUCAGCAGGGGUACAGCUGUGAUGCCUUGACCAACACAUACAGGUGCGACUGCGGUGGAUGCUCUUUGUGCGCGUCACCGCCAGCACCCACGCCAGCUUCCACGCCAGCCCCGACGCCAGUACCGACGCGUGCGCCCACGGCAGCUCCCGCGCCAGCGCCCACGCAGGCACCCACAUAUGCCCCAACGUCCGCGCCGACUCAGGUGUCGGGCUCAUGCCUAGAUACCUGCUACAACAACAACUGUAACUUCUGGGUGCAGCAAGGGUACACCUGCAGUGCCCUGACCAGUACCUACGGCUGCGAUUGUGGUGGAUGCUCUUCAUGUGCGUCAGUGUCGACGCCAGCACCGGCAUCAUCUGCUGCCCAGAGACGUGCUACAGCUACAACUGCGACUUCUGGGUCCAGAAUGGCUAUUCUUGUAGCACGCUCAGCAGCACCUACGGCUGUGACUGCAGCGGGUGCUCGUGCUCAUGAAUGCUCCGCACGCGGUGAAGUAGGAGAACGAAUGCGCCACAGGCGCUGA